GUCCAGGGAACGGGCCGGGUAGGGGGCGUCAGGCCCAAGGGUGGCGCCCGGGGUCGCGGAGCCCAGCCCUCCCCCGGCUGGUUGCCCCCUCCGGCCUACACGGUGCACGCCGGGAUCGUUCCAGGCGGGGAUCCUUGGCGGGGUCGCCCACUCCGCGUCUCUCUUGGUCCCCAGACUUCUCGGGACUGAAUUCCCUGCUCCGGCAGGCAUGGCGGACAGGAAACUAGUGGUGGUGUUUGGUGCCACAGGUGCCCAAGGGGGCUCAGUGGCCCGGACGCUCCUGGAAGAUGGAACGUUCAGGGUUCGGGCUGUGACCCGGGACCCUGGGCAGAAGGCAGCAAAGGAGCUGAAGCUGCAAGGUGCAGAAGUAGUGCAGGGCGACCAGGAUGAUGAGGCCAGCAUGGAACUGGCCCUGACCGGGGCUUAUGCCACCUUCAUCGUGACCAACUACUGGGAGAACUGCAGCCAGGAGCAGGAGGUCAAACAGGGAAAGCUGCUGGCCGAUUUGGCCAAGCGUCUGGGCCUUUGCUAUGUGGUCUAUAGCGGCCUGGAGAAUAUCAAGAAGCUGACGGCGGGGAAACUGGCGGCAGGCCACUUUGAUGGCAAAGGGGAGGUGGAAGAAUAUUUCCGAGACCUCGGCGUUCCCAUGACCAGUGUGAGGCUGCCCGGCUAUUUCGAGAACCUUCUCUCCUACUUCCUGCCCCAGAAAGCACCGGAUGGAAAGAGCUACUUGCUGAGCUUGCCCAUGGGGGACAUAUCCAUGGACGGCAUGUCUGUUGCCGACCUGGGCCCUGUGGUGCUCAGCCUGCUGAAGAUGCCAGAAGAAUACGUCGGCCAGAACCUCGGGCUCAGUACCUGCCGGCAUACGGUGAAGGAGUACGCGGCUCUGCUCUCCAAGCACACGGGGAAGGCUGUGCGCGACGCCCAGACAACCCCCGAGGACUACGAGAAGCUAGGCUUUCCGGGUGCCCACGACCUGGCCAACAUGUUCCGUUUCUAUGGCCUGAAACCUGACCGCAACAUUGAACUGACCCUGAGGCUCAACCCCAAGGCCAGGACGCUGGAUCAGUGGCUGGAGCAGCACAAAGGGGACUUCGCCAGGCUGUGACCCUGCCCACCUCGCAACCCCAUCUUGGAGGGCGGGAGGCGCAGACAGUGAUCCUUCUUGUGUUACAAAAUGGUUUUUUAAUAAAG